UAGUAGCGAUCCAGGACAAAGUCAGCGAGUGCUUGCCGCAACCUUUCCAAUUUGGAAAGGUUGGGAGUGAAAAACUGCUGAUGGGUUCCAGGGUCCUCCAACAUUUUCCGAGUGAAUUUUUGGGAAAAUUUGGUGACCUCGGGACCCGCAGGUCCGAACAAUACCAACCACUCACCAACCAAAUCCAAUGCCUGGGAAGAGUAGAAAAAGAAAUAGAAACUCACUCACCUGUUCCCCAAAUACCGCAGUCGCGUACUGGAACCAGGUUCCAUAAUUUUCAAGUUCAAACUGAAGCAUUGACAUCAGUUUUGGAUGAGUCACCAGAUGAACGACACGAUGCAGAAAUUUUUCGAGCAGUGUUUGAGUCAAUGAAGCAGUGGGAAUUACAUAAAAAACGUUCUAUGCGAAAAAAAAGAGAAACAUCUCGAGUAUGCUAUGAAAAUGUUGGGUGUUUUGAAGAUACUGGACCAUUUAGUUAUUUAGAAAUGCUUCCUUCACCACCUAAAGAUGUCGGUACAAGAUUUUACGUUUAUGGAAGUCGAAAAGCUAGAUCAGUACCGAUGGAAGUUUCUGCUGACGAUGUAGCAAAUGAUGUAGCAAAUAAUGCAAUUGAUCCUCAAUUACCUACAAAAAUAAUUGUUCACGGCUUUGGAUCUGAUUGUGACAAUGUUUGGGUAUACGAGAUGCGAUCGGCACUUAUGUCAGUACAUGACUGUAACAUUGUAUGUGUUGACUGGAGUCCUGGAAGUGCGAUACCGAAUUAUGUAAGAGCGGCAGCUAAUACAAGACUAGUAGGAAGACAGUUAGCACAAUUUGUACGAGGUCUCAAUGUAUCUCUGGAUAUGGUUCAUAUGAUUGGAUUUAGUUUAGGUGCACAUGUUGCAGGUUUUGCUGGUUCAGAGCUUUUUAAUGUCUCUAGAAUUACUGGUCUGGACCCUGCUGGACCUCUAUUUGAAACUCAAGAUCCACAAGUAAGGCUCGAUAAUAUGGACGCUCAUUUCGUUGAUGUGAUACACAGUAAUGGGGAACAAUUAAUUCUUGGUGGCUUGGGAUCAUGGCAGCCAAUGGGUGACGUUGAUUUUUAUCCAAACGGUGGACGAAUGCAAACCGGAUGCUCCAAUCUAUUUUUGGGGGCACUAGCUCAAUUGAAGGAAGAUCACUAUGCAAUCACCGACGAGCAUAUAAAUUUUUCACUGAUUCGCCCGAAAUGUCGCUUUCCGGCAUUUCCAUGUGAAAAAGGAUACAAUGGUUUUCUACAAGGUGAAUGUUUCCCUUGUGGUCCUGGUAGACUUUGUGGCGAUAUGGGUUAUUAUAGUGACACUUCAAAUGCUCGAGGACAAUUGUAUUUAAUAACCCGAGAAGAAGAACCGUUUUGCGCUCUUCAAUAUCAAAUAAAAGUAUACAAUAGUCAUGGAAAAAGACCUACAAAAAGUUAUGGAAAGCUACAAGUUACACUUAUUGGAUCUGGGUCUUUCAAUGAGACUUUUACUAUGACCCGAAAAGAUGAUGAAGAAUUAUUAGUUGGAACGAUUCUUCAUAAAAUAGUUGUACCUCAUCCAGUCAUAGUGAACUUAAAAGCAGUCGAGGUAAAAUACACUGCCUAUAGUGGCUGGAUUUCAUCUGGUCUUGUUUCCUGGGACAUUGACAAAAUAUCCGUCCUAGAUAGUUUUGGUAAAAGCAUAUCCGUUUGCAAAAAAAGCCUUUCUCUCGAAUCUGAAAAUUCGGUUUAUUUAUUAUUAUAUCCGGGUGAAUGUAACAUUCCAAUAGAAUUAGAUUAUACCUCAAAUAACCAUAGUUUGUCAUCAACAACUUUAACAAAUCCCCAAGAAGAUUUAAUUGACAAAACGUUCAAUGAAAAAGUUGAUUCACAUAAUAUUGGGCCUUUUGUAAAGAAUCAAAAUUUUGAAUCAGAAAAUAAAUUUUCUGUGCAAAUGUUAUCGGAUGAAAAUAAUUUUCCACAGACAAACAUGGGUCCAUUUACAAAAAAUCAAAAUUUAAAAAUGACAUUAAUCGAUAAAACAAAUCAAUUUAGUCAAAGUGAGAAUCACAAACUGAUUCAUCAGGAUACAAAUAAAGAUAACUCUAAAUUUUGGUCAUCUGUUAUUUAUGAUAAUAGAUCAAAUUUAUUAGGAAGUCCACUAGUUGAAAUGGGACGAGGAUUUUCUGAUGCUGGAUAUGUUAUUUCUACUUCCACCACUUCUUCUGUACCUACAGAUUCAACACCGUCAAUUAAUUUUAUAAGUGAAAUACAUGAGCCAGUAUUAAAAGUCAAUAAACAUGAGACUGGUAGAUCAAUGCGGCUACCUGAGGUAACUGAGCCACUUUUAAGACCUCGUAUUAUCAGGCAAAAUAUUGAAAAGUCAGAAGUACCUGAAAAAAAAGUAGAAAAUUCUAAUUCAGAUGCUGAGAGUAAGAAAGAAACAAACAAAGGAUUCACUGUCCAAUUAUUACCGGAAAAGCUUGCUAACAUUUUAGAACAAGCGGAAAAAUAUGCUCGGCGUACGUUUUUGCCGCUUAUAUCACAAUAUACACCAAGUUUUAUUGAUGAACGAGGUGAAAAGCUAAAAUAUUUUCCUUCGUUGACGAACAUUAGUGAAGACAAUAGUUCAUCUGAAAGUCAUAUUAUUUCUACGACUUUACUACCGAUUAAAGAUAACUAUAAGGAUUCACAAGAUAUAAAAAUUAUAGAUGCUGUAAACAGAUCAAAAAAAAAUAUUAAUUUAGAAUUGUUUGAAAAAACAGUCAAUAAUAAAAUAAUAUCGUCUAAGUUUGAAUUGUCGGAAGUAUUAGGUAAUACUACCAAUAAAAAUAGUGGGCUUAAUAUUGAUGAGACACGAGAUUUGGACAAAUCUAUAGAUCAAUCAAAUAAUUGGGUGCCUAUAAGUAGAAAUUUAUUUGAUGGUCGAUCCAUAAGAACGAAUACCGAUAAUUUGCCAUUAUUAGAAAACCCUGUUAAAAUAUUGAAAUCUUAUAGUAAAUCAUCAUUUGAUAACAGUACUUCUAAUAAUAGUAUAAAUAAUUAUACUAAUAACAAU